UCACGCCAAGCCAUCGGUAUUCACAACAAGGGGCAGACAACGCUCAUUUGCGCGAGGGAACUUCAUAGAGAUGGGUUACCUUUUCCUAGGGUUGCUGUUGGCUGUACUCGGCAUUGGAAGAUGCGCUGACGACAUUGGCUACUUCUGGCACGUGACCGACUUCCACUAUGACCACACGUACGCGACCAGCAAGCUGUCCUGUAACGAGGAGGUGCCAGCCCUGCAGACGUUCGGCGACUACUGGUGUGAUGCCACCUGGGCCCUGGUCACCGACAGUGUUAAAAGCAUGGCUCGCAUCAAACAUGAUGUCGACUUUCUCAUUUGGACGGGGGACACCGUAGCCCACAUAGCUGACAAGGACCUGUCUCUGGAGCUGAACCUUGAGAUCCUCCAGAACAUCACCGACCUGCUCAACACCAGUUUUGUGGGAGCGCCCGUCUACGCAUCCCUGGGCAACCACGACUUCUACCCCAACGGUCAAGCCAACUACACAGAGGAUGAGUUUUACAGGAGCAUUGAUGACAUGUGGAGGGACUGGAUCAUCAAGACUGUGGGCAACAAGGAAGAGAAUUAUUUUGUCAAGGAGGGCGGGUACUACUCUGUGAUUGUGAGACCAGGCCUAAGACUUCUGGCACUGAACACAAACAUGUACUACACCACUGACAAGCUGACCGCCAACAUGACUGACCCCACUGACCAGUUUAAGUGGAUGAAGCAACAGCUGCAAAGUGCUAAAGAUAAAGGAGAGAAGGUUUUUGUGACUGGCCACGUCCCACCUGGCCUUUUCUUCCCUGGAUAUUCGGAUUGGUUCUAUCCACACUUUAAGAAAUCUUUUAUGGAUAUCAUCCACAACUAUUCUGAUAUUAUUGUGGCAACUCACUAUGGACACGACCAUGCUGAUAGCUUUAAAAUCUUACAAGAUGAGAAAGGUGAAAGGGCAGUAACCCAGUUUAAUGCCCCAUCAGUAACACCAUGGAGGUACAAGCUACCAACAAAGACAAGAGAGGCUCACAACCCUGGCAUUCGUCUGGUCAAGUACAACAGGGACACCGGUGUCAACCUGGACUACACUCAGUACUUCAUCAACAUCACAGAUGCCAAUAGAGAAAACAAAUCUAACUGGGCCGAGCUAUACAGCUUCACCACUGCCUAUGAUGUUCCAGACAUGAGCGUCUCAUCCUUGAGGAAAAUCUUUGAGAACUUGAAAGCUGACCACAAGAGCAAAUACUACCAGAGGUUCUGCAACUACUGGGUGGUCAGCCAGCUGGACAUGAAAUGCACAGAAGAAAUGAAGGCAGACAUUCUGUGUGGUGGCCUCAAUUACAACUUAGCACAAGCUAAUAGUUGCUCAGUUGAUCGCAUCAACAGUCUUAACCCUUUAUCUACUGACGUGUCAAAGGUCACGCCAAGCCAUCGGUAUUCACAACAAGGGGCAGACAACGCUCAUUUGCACGAGUGAACUUCAUAGAGAUGGGUUACCUUUUCCUAGGGCUGCUGUUGGCUGUACUCGGCAUUGGAAGAUGCGCUGACGACAUUGGCUACUUCUGGCACGUGACCGACUUCCACUAUGACCACACGUACGCGACCAGCAAGCUGUCCUGUAACGAGGAGGUGCCAGCCCUGCAGACGUUCGGCGACUACUGGUGUGAUGCCACCUGGGCCCUGGUCACCGA